CUCAUCGUUUAGUUCCUCGGUGCCCACAGGAUAUAAAACAAUUGGCUGCACAAAAAGUGAGCAAAACAAACGUACGGGCUCCAUGACAGCAGCGGAUGAGCAGCAAAACCUGGGCAUGCCGUUAGCUAGUUAACAUUCAUUUUGUGCACAUUUAAGGGAGGCUUUAUACCUCACAGGAAAACAUUGAUCUGCAUUUCCUUUUUGUCAAUCAAAUAAACCCCUACAGCAACUGAUGGCAACCACUGCCAAGAGACCGUCCCUGCAGGGUCCUGUGCCACCUCCUCGCAAGAAGACAACCCCCAAACCAGAGCUGACCGAGGAGCAGAAGCAAGAGAUCAGGGAGGCCUUUGAGCUGUUUGACACAGAUGGGUCUGGAUACAUUGAUGUUAAAGAGCUCAAGGUUGCGAUGCGAGCACUGGGCUUUGAACCGAAGAAGGAGGAGAUCAAGAAGAUGAUUGGUGAAGUGGACAAGGAUGGCACAGGAAAAAUCUCCUUCGCUGACUUCCUGGUGGUCAUGACACAGAAAAUGGCUGAGAAGGACUCCAAAGAGGAGAUCCUGAAGGCUUUCCGUCUGUUCGAUGAUGAUGAGACGGGCAAAAUCUCAUUCAAGAACCUGAAGAGAGUAGCCAAAGAGCUGGGAGAGAACCUCACAGACGAAGAGCUGCAGGAGAUGAUAGAUGAAGCAGACAGGGACGGAGACGGAGAAGUGAACCAGCAGGAGUUUCUGCGUAUAAUGAAGAAAACCUGUCUGUACUGAAGGACGUGCAUGACGUCGUGGUUGGUGAUGCCGACGGGACCAGCGCUGGUAUUAAAUGUAAUGCUGCUCACGUGUCUACUUCUAUCUCAAAAAUUCUCAGAAUCCUAAUUGUUGUUUCGUGCCAUAUAUUUUCACUGAAGAUGAGGUUUUAAUUGUUGCAUAUAUCCUUGACAGGAAAUAGUUUUAACACUGCACAAAGUCUGGUCAACAUUUGCCAAAAACAGAAAAUGCUCUUGCUUGGAAUGCUGCAUACUUUUAUGAAAAAUACACUGAUAAUAUCGGUGAUACAUAACUUAUUCUCAGUGCCUACGUCGACAUGGUGACAAACACAGUACAUUCCAGUGCUUUGAUUUAUAAUACAGUCGGUGUAUGCGUAAAGCCUCAUUCGUGUUUAGAUUGUUGGGUUUAUACUGGUAACUCCAGUGUUUCCUGUCUUGGCUCUUGUACGCUGGUUGGAGUGCUGUCUCACCUCAGUGCAACCUGUGGAUUUGUGCCUGUGCCUCAGGGAAGCUGCCCAACCUCUCUGACCUGCACAUCUUCCCAUCCUCUUUAAAAUAUGAUUGAUGGCUUUUGUUUUGUUUGUUUUUUUUGUAGCAGUGAGUGUUUAUCCCUCUAUAUUCUUGAAUGUUUUGUAUAAUACACAGUGAUGGUAAUGAGUAGAUAUACAGUAUAUAAGUGUUUAAGGUACAAAUUAAAUAUAUCGAAGCAGUU